UUUCCCUCCGGACGCUGUUGAGGAGCGGACCCCGCGCAGGCGUGAGGGGGCGCAGGCGGGCGCCGUUGCUAUGGCGGCGGGUGCUUCUGAGCUGCGUGAUGAGAUCCUCAUGGAAGCGGGAAGCAACUCCAGCCUCAGCCAAGACUCCCUGGCCAGUCUCACGGCGGGCGACGUGCUCAUCCGCUCCACCGGUGUCCACAGGGAGAAGCAGCCCAUUGACGCUGUGAGAGGAGCCGGCGGCCGUACGAAAAAAGUGGCGAUCGCUGUCGAGAAGCUUCGUGAAGUGGUUUCUCCCUGCCGGGCAGCUGAUGCGGCUUGGGCUGGAGACGGAACACCCUGCCUUCCUCCAGCCUUGUUCACCAACAGGGCUCCCUGCGGGACAGUGACCCCCGGCCCCCCCCGCAGCGCGGCACCCGGAGUCCCGAGUACUAAAGGACGUCCAGAAUGUCUGCUUUCAGUAGAAGAUUCUGCAGAGCCCGUGUUUUUAUCACAGAUGGAUUAUCCUAGAGAAGCUGCAGCACAAGAAGAUCCUUCACUGCUACUGGAAGAUAGCAGAAGACCUAAAGAUGAUGUUUUUAUUUCUCAAUAUGCUACUGGCCAGAAAGAGGCUUUGAGAGCAGUAUUAAAGCAAAAAACUCAAAAUACUCCUGUACUUAAGGAGGUGAAGGUACAGCUCUUAGGAAAUGCCUCCAGAGAAAAAAAGGAAGGUGUUGGUCAUGACACCAGGUCAGCACACAGGGAAGUUGAUUCUGUAACAAACAUCGCAGCAGCAACUGCUGCUGCAAUUGCUACUACAGCUCCUCUUCUUAAAGUUCAAAAUGAUUUGGAAGCGAAAGUUAACUCAGUUUCAGCAUUACUUCAUAAACUACAGGAGACAGACAGACAGCUGCAGCGUGUUGCUGAACAGCAAACAAAUAUGAAGACUCAGCAUGAGAAGCCCCACUGUCACGAAAGAGUUAGUGAGCUUGAAAAACAAAUGAAUGCUUUCAUGGUGGAACGAAUUCAGCAUUUGGAAAAGUUACAAGAGCAACAAAUGAAUAUUCAGUCUCAUCUCAUUAGCUCUGCAGUCAACAUGGGUGGCUUACAACAAAUUCACGUGCCUUCCUCCAGUCUCAUGGCAAAACAAUCUGAGAAGCCAGAACAGCGAUUGCUUACUAAUGAAGUAUCUUCAUGUCAGAGGGGUUUAUUUCCCACUAGUGGUCCACUUGACCAAGCAUAUUCAAGCCAAUUUCAAAGUUGUGGCAUUCACACACAAAAAUCUCCUCUAAAGACACCAGUUCCUCGGAGAUAUGCUCCAGAACCUGUGUCAAAAAAUGUGAAAAUCUCAAAGAAAGAAAACCCUGUUACAGAAAAGGAAAAUAUUCCCAAAUCCACAAGUGAAGGUGAAGGGAGACUUCUUGAGCAUAUUCUGAAUUCUCAAGAAAUGCCACUGAGGCAAACUGAGUCUUCCAAGAAGGCAGCAUUAAACAGUAAUAAAAUGAGCUGGCAUUCUGAGAGAGACAGGCAUACUGCUUUGCGUACAGACUCAUUCCCCAGUUUUGAAAGCUCCUUCCAAAAUUGCAAUUCAAUUGAGAAAACGGUGAAAAAAGCAGAUGAUUUACUUCAGGAUCUUGGCCAGUUGAGGAAAGAAAUGCAUGACAUGCUACAGGAAGCAAAUUCAUGGAAAUCAGACAUGAAUGAUCUUAUUAAGUCAAAAAAGCCUACGGUUGCGUCUGAUCUUCCUGAACAUCAUCUGCUCAAUAAACCAUCCAUCCUUCAAAAUGUUAAAGUGCCAAAAUCUAUACUGAGGGAUGCUGAAAGGAUUUUGAGAGGAGUUCAAAACAAUAAAAAAGUUCUUGAAGAAAAUUUGGAAGCUGUUAUUCGCGCAAAAGAUGGAGAUGCCAUGUAUACUUUUAUUAACGCCUUGACUACGAACAGAGAUGUAUUGGAAGAGAUUCGUAUCAGAAAGACUGUGGAUGAGUGGAUUAAGGCAAUCAGUUUAGAAAUCCAGGCUGAAAUGGCAAGAAAUGAUUCAGAACAAGUGAAAAAUGAUCAAAAGGUCCCAUGGAUCAAGAGAGCCCAAAACAUCAAGGCUAUGAAGACCAAUAAAGAAAUUAAACCAAAAAAUCAAAAAAUCCAAGGAUGCUUGACAAAGAAACCUUUAUCUGCAGCUAAGCCAUUGCAGAAGCAAGCAGAAGAUAACACAAGCAAACAGAAGUUUAGAAUUUACUUUUCUUCUGAAAGUUUGCAGAGGAAAGAAAAAAGGGCAGACGGUCCUGUGAAUGGAAGUGCAAUGCUACAAAACGAAGACUAUCUGUGUCAAGUUUAUGGGAAACCAAUUUACCAGGGCCAUCGUAGCACGCUUAAAAAAGCACCAUAUUUGAGAUUCAACUCUCCCUCUCCCAGAUCUAAACUUCAAAGACCCAAGGUGAUAGAGUGUGUUAGAGGUACAAAGGUAAAGUCAGCAAGAACACAGACUUGUUCUCACAUGCAGAAGGUAGUAACCAGCCCUAGGAGACAGCAUCCUUUAUAUGCACUUGCCCAAGAAAAUCAGUAUCUUUUUAGUCCAAGUCGAGAUGUGCCUGCUGUCUGCGGUCCACUUGAAGGUCACCUAAUUCCUAUGGCUAUUCCACUAGGUCAAACCCAAAUUAGCGACCUCUCACUGCAGCCUGCUGGAGUAGUUAUAGGUAAACCACACCCUGUUACAGUUACAACCUCUCUUCCUCAAGUGCCACCUAAACCACCAGUGGAGAUAAAAAAACCAAACAUAGCUGUAAUAGAGAUGAGAUCAGAGAAAAAGGAUCCACCUCAACUGUCUGUGCAGGUAUUACCAAAUGUAGAUAUUGACAGUAUUUCAAGUGACAGUGUGAGUGUAAACCACGUUCUUCCAGGCUCCGAACCUGCACUUCCUCCUGUUGAUGCUGUAAUACAGACACCAGAAGAUGUACAUAGUGAGGAGGAAGACACAAAGUUUCCAGGAACUAAUUUUGUUGAUGUUACUGAUGUCAUGCAGGAUCAGGAAGAGGAGAGGGAUGAAAUUCCAGAAUUCUUCGAGCCUCUUUUGGAGCUUAAUGGACAGUUUAAAGUUGCCUCCCCAAAAUACAAUGGUCCUUUGUUUCCUCCAGUGGCUUCUGCUCCUCAGCAGUCUUCUGAUGUUUUGGAUGAACUGAUUCAAAGGAGAGAAACAAUAGAAAACAGGUUGAUAAAUUGGGUGGAACAAGAAAUAAUGGCAAAAAUUAUCAGUGGGAUGUACCCAGUUCAGAAAGAAACAGUGCCCAGUGUUAGCACCUUAGAGAGUGAAGACAGUGAGACUGUAACCUCUGACAUUGUUGAAGCUGCAGGUGGUGGAGGAUUUCAACUCUUUAUCAAUGCUGGUGUGCCUGUGGACUCAGAAAUGAUAAGUCAUUUUGUAAAUGAAGCUCUCAGUGAAACAAUUGCGACCAUGCUGGGUAGCAAGCAGGCUCAGAAAGCAGUUCCUGCUACAAAUGUUCUUCCAAGUACAAUGAUUAUGAUGGAGUCUCUUGUGCCUACUCCAUUGCCAACACCCCAGGCCACACCACCACAAACACCACCUUCAGAAAAAGAAUUGCCUCCGGUCAAAACUCCAGAGUCUUCUCUAUCUCUUACAGAAAUGAGUCGAGAAGUUUGCGAACAUGAAAAAAUUAAAGAAACAGGAGUUGAGAUUCCAGCUGCCGUUAGUUGUGUUGGCACACCUGUGGUUACCCCUGUCAAUACACCUCCUAGAACAACCACACCAAGCCCUCCUGCCUCAGAAUGGGUCUCCAAACCUGCAAAAAUGGAAAGUCCAAAGCCUCCAAACCCAUGGGAUGAUGCAGAACUUCCUCUGGAAGAAGAGAAGCCCAGUCCUUUAACUGAAGAACCAUUCCGGCCCAAGGCUGUCGAGAUGUCAGUGGCUAAUGACGAGGAACCAGAGGCCUUGAUUUUACCAUCUCAGCAGUCAUCAGCGAAGCCCUUCGAAUCGCUUCCUUGCAAUCCACAGGUUCCAUCACCUGUGCCUACAGUUAGUUCUGGGCAGUCCACGCAGGAAAGCAGCCUUACCCUCACCGAGACAGAAACAGAAACUGCAGACAGACACAUCUCAGAAGGGGAGGUACUCUUCAGCUAUGGACAGAUGCUGGCUGCAAGAGCCUUAGCAGAAGGAGGACUGUCUCUUCCAAACCUCGCUGAGAGCUUAACCAGUACUUUACAAGAUGCCAAUGAAAUGGAUUAUGAUCCUCCCAGUGAAGGGCAAGUGGUGAGAAGACUGGAUAAAGGCUAUCACAGAGAUCCUGUCCUGACUCUUUUAGCCAAAUUAAAUCAAGCACCUGUUGCUGCACAAGAAGAAAUGUACCAUUUGGAGGAUUCUGAUGAUAGUGUUGGGGAGCUCAGUGAAGGUCAAAGACCAAGGCUGACCAGAGCAGCAGAGAGAAUCCUAAUGGGACAUUCAGUUUAUAUGGACCAUCCAACUACUCAGACUUCUGAGAAAAGACUACACCAGGGUUUCCGUUCUCCAUCACCAGGGCAGCUUGCCCAAAUUGGAGCAGAAAUUCUUGGAGAUGCAGAUACAAGUCAUGGUCCAAUGCUUAUGGCUGAACUGGAAUCGCAACCAGUUUCAAAUCCUAUUCUGCAAGCAGCCCAACCAAGCUGCAGAGUGACAUCUCUCCCAGAGGAUCUGUCCCAGCAGGAAAGCCGAGGAGCUGCACAAGUUGAGACUGUGAGACCCCGAGUUAUUCAUGUGAGAAGGAAGCCUGAAGAGAUGCAACAAGAAGAUAUCCAUGGAGACACAGAUUGGACACCCACUGGCACAAAUACAUAUCUCACAUCUUUACUUACAGGGAAAGAGCAAAAUGGGGGAAUGGCACAGAAAAAAAAAAAAAAAGGAACUUUCACUGAAGAUUUUAAGAUGCUGAGUUACAGAUCUGCAGGUGCUGUGCUAUCCCUAGUGCUCUAAACACUUGAGAUAAUGCCAUCUGGAGGAAGUUAUUUGUUGGGACAGGACAGUGUUUUAAACUUUGAAGUCAGUAAUAAACAAAGUGAAGCAGCUGGAAUCUGGCAGAAGAAGAAACAAGCCAUUCAUAUCAACCCGUGCUAUUAAAGGAAUGAGAGCACUGCACUGGAGUUGUUUUUACAUAUGCUUGGAAGUUUAUUCUUGCUCUAGAAGUUAGCUGCCUCAGUUGUUAAAUUAGAGAGUAGAGGGAGGGUUGCUGGGGGGUGAUGUUUGUUUUUAAAUUUUAGGAAGUAAUAUGUAGGUAAUUACAGUAAUUAUGAUUCUGGUUUUAUACUGAAACAAUAACCUGGGUCCUGAUCCUUCAAACCCCUCCCUAUUUAUUGUCUUGAAGAUAGCUCUUUUCACUUACAAGAUAUGGGUCUGGUUUACAUCCGGAUAGAUUAAAAAUAGAAGUUUUAUUUAAUGUAUGUACACCGACUUGAAGGAGUUAAAGCACGUGGGUUUUAUUUGGCUUAAAAGUCAGACUUGUUUAGUCUUUUUAUUUUGCCAAAUAGAAAAAUUUAAAAAGAAAGAUUUAAACAUUUUUCUUUGUUCUUAUUGUUGCCAUAUGGUAUUAGUAACCAAACCUCCCUUCAGCGUGUUUAAUUCCUUUUCCAUUUGGCAUACAUUCACGAUACACUUGUAUAUAGCAUACUCUCUGUGUGACGGUACCUCUUAGAGAAAAACUCCCUUCACAGGUCACCGGAUGGUUGACACACCAUUAAUUUUUAUGUUUCUGUUAAACAAAGAUCUGGAAAUUUAGUACUGUACAUGAAUUUGUUAUAGAUUGCCAAGAACAGGAAAAAUCUCUAAUCUGAAAUCUGACCUUUUCCGUCAGUGGGUCACCAAGAUGUUUUCAGUCACUGUUGAGUUUCUACCAGUCAAGCACCCUUACACACUUACUAAGAGUGUCAGUUUUCACAGUUUAUAUGAAUGUACUCUAUUAGACAGUGACAAUGAAUUUGGAGAACUGGAGGUCACCUCAGGUCACAUGUUCCAAUUAUUGGAUUUUAACAAGGAAAAUUUUUAUAAAUACAUCUAAGCACAUGAUUACAAAAUUGUACUGAGUACUUCCAGAGCCUCGAAAGAGGGAAAAAAGCUGUGAAGAUCACCUGCCUUCCUGCCCUGCCCUGCCUUGCUUUGUAAAUGGAGGAAUUUUCCAUUCCAUUUUUAUGGCAUAUCAGAAGAUUAUGAGCACCAUUUCAAUUUGCAUAUUUGUGGCAGUGAAGAGCUCAAUGUUUAAGAGGAAACCAUCUUAGCAUUGGUUAUGAGCUGUUCUCUGAUGGGGGGUGGGGGGGGAAGAAAUAUAUCCCAUUGUUAAAGAAGGAGCUGGCCAGGGACUAUACAAACAUUAUCACUGGUGUACAGCAAAAGGCAGAUCCUGACAUCAGUAAAUAUGUAUGCCUAAAAACAUAUAUAUGAGCAGGAAUACAAACAUUUAAACCUGUGUGCUUCUUUUUGUGUAUUUAUUCACAUACCCAUCUCUAGAUGUAUAUAUGAAUGUGUUUUAUGCACUGUGCAUGCAUGAGGUUAGAUUAAGCAAGAGGUGAUAAUGUUAAAGCACAUGUGAGAACAACUUAGUAGUUGUAUCUUUGGGCCAGCGUAGAGUUUCAGGACUAGCAGCUUUCUAUCCUGGAAAGUUACAGUCAUGGAGCAGAAUCCCCCAUGUAGCUGAAAUAGGAUAUCUGUACUUUUUUUACAGUUAGAAUGCUGAAAAUCCAGGUUCUGUAUUUUCUACAUGCGUCUAACAAAGUCAAAGACUUCAGAUUUCUGUCUUUAAAAAAGGCAAAUGUUUACUUUGGGUAUUUUUAAGCUUAUUUUUAAGGCUAUUUAGAUAACUCAGGACCUGGUAACUUUUCUGUUGAGCAAGUAGAUGGAAUUCCUCUUUUAAUUUUUCUGUCCUUUUACCAUUUUAUAUCUAUCAUAAAAUUGAACUAUAGUACGUCUGUAAAAUAUAUUAGAGUAUGUGUUAGGAAGAAUGUAGACUAAUAUGAUACUUUCUUUCAGCACCCCAGAAUCAAAUACUUGGGAAGUUACUAUAGAGCCUUGGGAUAAGGGAAUAUACUUUUUUUUCCCCUCCUUUUUUUUUUUUUUUUUUUUUUUUUUUUUUUUUUUUUUUUUUUUUUUUUAACAAACCUGAAAACAGCUGUUGAAACAAUGACAUCAUGGAAUGUGACAUGACUGUGGAAAUUAUUAACAAAGUCAAGCUUUGAAAGCAUCAAACUACAUAUAGUGUUGGAGAGUUGCUUUAGCGUCUAGGAUGACUUACAAAGUUUCCUCGGGCAUUACACAUUCAUGUCUUUACUGUGUGUCAGCUUCACGUCUAACCAAAUAAACACUUUGCAUUUCUUCAGUUCCCCUUCUGAAUAACCUAUUUUUAUCACGCAAACAUGGCUACAGACUAAGCUCAUGGAAGUACUUCUGGAAAAACAAAACACAUAUAUUUCUUGCACAUCUUUGUGGUGUUACCAUAAAUGUGCUUUCGAAUCAUGUUCAGAAGACGUAGGAUUUCUCAUGUCUUCUUACUGCUCGUGUGUUAGGUUUGCUCAGGUCCACGCCAACCCAAACGUUGGCAGCUGUGCUUUGUAGAGGAGUUUGGGCUGGGGGUGAUGAAAGCUGUCCAGCUACUGAGGGUAGUCUAGUGAAACUAUGGACAACGCUUCUUGCAAAGCGCGUAAGCAGCUGUGGCGAGCAGGUGACGUGUUGGUUCCCUGGGGGCACAAAAAAAUGCUCUUGUGCUCUUGCUACCUCUCCAGAGCCCUCCCCUGCCUUCCCGGGGGGCAGGAGGCUUGGCUGGCAGAGGUUGCUCCAUGUACUGGCUUUACUGUCUUUGGCCUCGUUCGUGUUUGACAUCCUAGGCUCUUGGCUGCUGUUCUAGCAUGAAAAACACCGGAUGAAAUUUUAUUUUAGCAGUGGGGUUUUGUUGUUUUAAUUAGCCUUUUGAAGCAUGCUUUGCUACAAGUCAGAUGAAAGCAGAUUACUACUACAGUGACAUAGUAGAUAAUUAACUGGGGUGAAAGAAAGCCUAACUUCUUGGGUUUAUUGGGAAAAUAGCGUUUUAAUUACCUAGUCUAUCACAGAGGAAGGGAGAAUUGUUAUAGCUUAUUGGAAUAAGAACAAACUCCAAGAGAGCCUUUGCUGUUGCACACGGACUUAUGUAUGUUUGUUUUGCUUGUAGCUGCUGCACUUAAAAUAAAUGUCCCAAGGGCAACUGAAAUCUCAAAAUGCUCUCUCCGUAGUUUUGUGAAUGUUGUACCAUUCAGCCAGUGCCAUUUUUCCCGUUCUCCUUCACUCCGUGUCUGUAGCCUGAUUCAUGUCUUGCUCCCGCUGCUCCCUGUAUUGAUUCAUCUUGUCUCCUUCCUCUGGCUAAAUAUAGUAACUUUUGCCCAUGACCCCUCUCCCUUCCCAUCUCUGGUGUCUGGCUGCAGGUUGUUUUCUACCCCUCCCGUGGUUCCCAGACGGGAGAACUUUUCAGCACUGCCGUGAUCUUUCACAGCUGCUCAGCAGCCAGGGCUGCUGGAAGCUCUGCACGACGCGUCUCUCUUCCUUGCAGGGGCUGCUGGCACGGCGGUGGCUGGGCUCCGCCGGGGCUUGUCCCUCUCCCACGUUUUGCAGGGUCAGAUCGCAAGACUGGGAAGUGGCAAGGAGCCAUCUCAGGCUUGCUGGAAGAUGAACGUGGCUCGUAAAGUCCUGCAAGCCACGUCUCCAAGGGGGAGGCUGUGUACAUUUCCUCUGGAGUCUGUUAGAGGAUGAAAGAAGGGAGAUAAACCACAAAGGAGUAGCAAGAAGGACCCUUAAUGAGUUAGGGAAAUGGGUUGGAGAUAGGGAAGAGCUAAAACAACUUCUCACUUGUGUUUUGGACAGCUGAAGCAUUGAUAGGGUGUUUUUCUCCGUAGGACUUGUAGCCAAUGGCUUCAACUUGUAUUGCUUUGAUUUUUAUGAUUGUACAUGGAUAUGUGGUCUUGAACAAUCUGAAUGUUUUCUAAGGGUUUGAUGCAAACAGACAUAGACAUAUAGAUGGAAUUUAGAAAUACUGUUAGUAUCUGUGGAUCUCAUUUCAUUUAUGUGGAAAACGCCAGUAUACAUAUUUGAAGUUUAUAUAUGUACGUGUGCAUGUGUGUGUAUCUGUAUGUAUAUACAACCCAGUCUCUAUAUGCAAAUAAAUUAAUCCCUUUGUUACCUGAUAAAGAGAACUGUGAUGGCUAAAGCAGCACUCUUUGAAAUGCCUCAAAGCUGUCGACAGUAAGGAUGUCUGUGUCUUUGUAUUUCCAUGGAGUGAUGCAAUAUGGAGAUUACUUCAGUACAGUUUAGUUGUUUGUCAUAGACAGCAAAUAAUGUGUUUUGUUCUGCUUUUUUAAUUU